UUUAGUGGCGUAAAAGCCCGGACCAAGAAGCCAUGGUUCUGUCAGUACGUGUGUCUAACCAGCAGGGGGAGCUUCAGUCCAGGGACAUUCUGGUUAAAGAAGAGAAGUCAUUGAUCUACCUGGAAGGGUCUGUCCUGGUCUUUGACACCAUCUUCAAACUCAUCUCCUUCUACUGUGUCAGCCGGGAUAUUCUCCCCUUCACUCUGAGGUUGCCUGAGGUCAUCGUCCAGGCAACCAAGUAUGAAGACAUAGAGACGAUAUCGACGUUAGGCUCAGAUUUCUGGGGCUCUCAGCUGAACAGUUCCUCUGAGGAGCCAGGACAAAGGGGUACACCAGUAGGCCAGGGCCAGGGUCACAGCUCCUCCUGUGAGAUCCAUCUGUCUGCUGGGACCGGUAACGAGCGGCUGUGGUACGUUAACCCCAUCUUCAUUGAGGAGUAUUGCAGCAGCCUGGAGGCCUCCACUCCCGUCGCUGCUCCCAUCCUCAGGAGCCAGAGCCUGAACACCCCAGGCCAAGGGCAGGGGCAAGUACCCCCCAAGUUCAAACGCCCCCCACCCCGACCCCCUAAUGUCCCUGAGGGAUUGUUACUGUCACAGGGGGCCAAGCAUGGGAACAGAGGGACGUCUGAUUCCCCCUCCCCACGCUCACCACCCACACUUCGUAGAGUUACAGUCAAGUUAGGGCAGAAAGGGGAAGGAAACAGCAGCAAGGGCAGUGGGGAGGGAGAGAGAGCUGCCUCUCAACUUUGCUCAGAGAGAGAGGUGUCAGUUAUAGCCACUGACUCAGUAGCAGCUACUCAGCCUCUACAGCCGCUGUCACCGCACGGAGCAACAGCUAGACAUCAGCACCCAGCACCCCGGCCACCCCCACACAGGAUACCACUUGUGCCCCUCCGGCGGAUGCCCUCAGAGAAGCGUCCUCCACCCCCAGGACAGGAGCCGCCCCAGGAGGGCAGUGUUGGUACAGUGCCUGUUGCUUCACUGGUGUGCAUCGACGGCACCACCAACAUGGCAGAGGAGAAGAAGGAGUUAAGAGUGGAGCCCUAUGCUGGUGAGACAGAGACACUGCAGAGGCAAGGGACAUCAGAGACUUCAAACAGCAGUGACGCUGUCAGCGUGGCUGCACCAGCCCCUCUGACGAAGAGGGCCGCACCGCCAGUCCCGCCUCCCAGAAAGAAUAAGCCCUCCCAGGCCAUGCCCACUACAACUCUCUCCCCAGACAUGAUAGGUGGAGGACUUCUUUCAAUCAAUGCAUCAUUAGACACCCCCCAGACCUCCAGCAUCCCCUCGCCAGCCCGGAGGGCCAUUUCCAUCGCUGAGGGGGAGGUAAGGGAGGCCAGGGGGGCAGAUGUGUCCCUGUACGCCCCUGAUGGUGGCGCGGCCAUCCCUGCACUGGACCAUGACUCUGACUCUACCAGCAGCACAGAGGAGGAGGCUGAUACCGUGGCCAGCCAGGCUGGAGGGGCCGUUGGGACCAACAAUACCAAAGUGUCAAUGAAAAGGACCCCUACCAUUAUGCUGGACCGGGCCAAGCAACGCCUCUCCAUGGUUCACUUCCCCAGUGUGUUUACCAACUUCAUGAGCGCUGACCAUAAGCUGCAGAAGAGGAUUGUGGAACUGUCCCGGGACGGGAGCUCCUACUUCGGGAACCUGGUGAAAGAUUACAGGGUGUAUAUCCUGGAGACCAUGGGGAAGCACAGCUCCAGCACUGAGCUGCUGCAGGAGAUCAGGCAGAUGAUGACCCAGCUGAAGAGUUACCUCAUCCAGAGCACUGAGCUGCAGAACCUACUGGAGCCCAAUGUUUACACAGAGGACAAACUAGAGGUGAUUAUGGAGGCUGCUCUGUGUAAGGCUGUGCUGAAGCCUCUGCGGGAGGCUGUCUACUCCGGCCUGAAGAACAUCCACUCCAGGGGGGGCUGUCUGAAGAGACUGAGGGAGAACCAGAGUGUGGUCCUGGGCACCACCACCACAGAUCUGGGGGUCACCACCAGCGUUCCAGAGAUCCCCGUCAUGGAGAAGAUCCAGCUGAAGCUGAUGACCCUCCACCUUGAGUACUCCCCUCAGAAGAAGAUUGAUCUGCUCCUCAAGACCUGCAAGAUCAUCUAUGAGUCCAUGUCUAUAGGCUGCCCAGGAAAAGCCUAUGGAUUGGAUGACUUCCUGCCGGUGCUGAUGUACGUCCUGGCCAGGAGCAACAUGGCCUUCCUGCUACUGGAUGUGGAGUACAUGAUGGAGCUGAUGGACCCUGCACUGCAGUUAGGAGAAGGCUCCUACUACCUGACGACCACGUAUGGAGCCUUGGAGCACAUAAAGAACUAUGACACGCAGGCGGUGACACAGCAGCUCAGUCUGGAGAUCCAGGACUCUAUCCACCGCUGGGAGAAGAGACGCACCCUGAACAAGGCCCAGGUGUCAUGCUCAUCUGUACAGGACUUCAUCAAUGUGUCGUUCCUGGAGGCGGGGUCUAACACUAAGACCCUGGGGGUUCUCCCCACCACCACGGCCCAGGACCUGUGUGCCCAGUGUGCUGGCAAGUUCGAGGUGCUGGAGCCAGAGUUCUACAGCCUGAGUGUGCUAGUUGAGGGCCACUACCAGCUCCUGGCCCCAGAGGAGUUCCCCCUCACCAUCAAGUCUAGUUUCCACCACAGUGAGCCCCGCAAGGAGUACCACUUUGUCUACCGGCCUGGAAGGACAGAGUCGGAAGGGCAGGAGGCAGAGAGUGAGGAGCCAGCACCCACAGCGGAGACAGAGCCUGACGAGGAGAAGAGUCUGAUCGAGAUAUGAUAUUAAGGUGUGUGGUGCGUGCAUGCAUGGCCUAGACGAAGCUCAAAUGAUUGAGGAGCUGCUCAAGGGAAUGCAAUGGCAUCCUCCUCAACCAUAACAGACAUUUUAAACGAGACGUGGAUUUUUUUCUUUAGUGGCGCAAAAUGGACUGAACUCCAAGAUGGACAGGAUAGUUCUGCCAAAACAUACAAUCUUCAAUACAAUACAAUCUUCAGGUUUGAGAACAUGUGGAGCCUUUGUGAAAGAAGAGAACCAUCACCUCACCUCGGACCUCAGGUCUAAAUUUCACUCAAGUUUACUUUGGCUUCUGUAUGACUUCUACGCUGACUCAUCUUGCUCAGUGAGUCUCUGCAAGGUUGACCAAAGCUGCAGCGAUAAAGGGAUAUUGUCCUCCUCUAGUUUGAAAGGGUACAAUGGCAUGGAUAAUUAAAAGAUAAAGGAUCAGGACAAGGAGACUCGGUUUGCAUCCCAAAUGGCACCCUAUUCCCUACAUAGUGCACUAUUUUUGACCGGGGGACCAUUAGGGCACUAUGUAUGGAAUAGGGUCUAAUUUGGGCCGACCAUGUAUCCUGUCUGGUCGGUGUUCAUUUUCAUAUUUAACAGACUUUACGCUUCUUCAAUAGUUCAGACAGACAAUGAGCUGUUCAAUGGAUUUGCUAAUUGAAUUUUGCAUGACAAUAUCCUUGCAAAUAUUAUCUGAGUGGGUUUAUAUGCUCAAGACAGACUGCUACUCUCUGUAUAUCCAUAUUUGCUCUGCUGGAUUUGUAUACUCUUGCAGCCGUGCUGUGGAUCGGUUUCGUCAAUGUCCUGAAAGAACUGUUGAUGUCUCAUUCUAGAAGGUAUCUGUUACAAUACCAUCCAUUAAGGUCAAACGCAAUUCCCUUAAGUCUACCAGGCGCUCAUGGUUUACAUUGGUUAAUGGUGCUAAGCCAUAUUAUACUGUAAUGAAUUAAACCGUCACCAUGACUUUA